CAGGAGUUCAAAGUUCUGAUCCUUUCCUUCGCUGUCUUUGUUGUCGUCGCUUCAGGAGCGACAGUUUAUAAAAGCGGAGAAGAUGAGAAAAAGGUAAGGAGACAAACCGAUACAUUUUGAUGUACUUAUUGCUUUUCGAAUUUCAUUCCCGUGAUGGUGUAUCGGCGUUCAAAACCAAUGAUAUUCUACAGCAGGCUAAGUUUUCUGCAUUAGUCACUUGAAAAGCAAGGGAGUUACUUGUGCUAAUUUUAAAAUGUUGUUAAGAGAAAUCCAGCAUCUCAAUUUUCCAUCUAUAUCGACGCUCCUCCACGCAUUAUUAACCGGUGGGUGACAAAAAUCUUAAGCUUCGGAAGGCUAUUUCGGAAAUAAUAGCCGUUUAAUAAUCCUAUGAUAGCCUCUGUGAUUCUAAACAAGGCGCCGGAUUUCUAACGAGUUCGAGUUCUUCAUCAGUGAAGAUACAUUUCAAAGUUAACUGUGAUGUUCAAGUCUGCAAUUAUUUGAAGAAAUUCUUUAUGUAAAAAUUCUUGCAAGGCCUCGUAGCGUUCCAAAUAGGUGGAAUGGUUAACACUCAGUGAUUAUGUUUGCUUACUUUUUUUUACCUUGAACGAUAAGGUUUCGGAGUACAAAGUUAAAGUCAAGGAUGGAGACAAAGAUCUAGACGAAACUAUAAAAAUUGACACCAAAAAGGAAACAGAAACCUUUCACAUCGCAAGUAAUGGCGACACCAGCCCCGAUGCCCCUGGAGAGGUCGAUGUUGUUUACGAUUUCAAACAGGUGAGUUUGUAGGUCAGAAUUGAAAUAUGGCAUAUUCCCUUCCUUUUGCUUCUUUUACAUUCUCUCUUUCCUUUACUUUCGUCCUUCCUACCUUCCUUCUUUUCUUUAUUCUUUAUUCUGCGUCGUCUUUUCAGAAUGGCCUACUUUUACUGCUCUCUUUCUCUCUGAUUUCGCGCAUUUAAGCCUUGUUUAUUGACAAUGCACCCCUUGCGCGUGUAAUAAUAUUUUUUAAAUGGUUGCUGCCAAGUAAAUAUGUGACUGUUUUCCUUUUGUCUUUUGGUGUAGAACAUGGCAAUGCACCGAAUGUCCAAUCAGAAAGCUUGUUUUCUGAGCGACUCUACUGACAAUCUACCAAAACCAGCUGACCUUAAGAAAUUACUUGAAACG